GCACAACAAAUUGUGAAAGCAUUGCAAAAUUCGCGCGGUGCGCUGAAAAUUUUUUGCAUAAAUAUGUGAAAUAGUAUAUGUGCAAGUGUGUGUAUAUGUGUGUGGCUGAAGUAGUGUGCAAGUGUGUGAGUAUUGAAAAAAUCCAUCUCGUCGCUACGCAUUUCACCCCUCAAAGCUGCUGUUUUAUGCUGUUCGCUGCUGCGCUUGGCUUUGGCCCUGGCGUUACACAUCUUCAGGGUCAUUUGCGGGCAGCGCUGCCUGCAUCCAUCGCCUGCGUUGGCUGCGGCGUCGUUAUUGCUGCUGGAAGCGCCAAAGCACCACCCCCACGCCUACCCCUCCUAAUCCCACAACCCUCACGUAAAAUUGCAAUGUUCGCCUACCGCAACCCAUCGUCGCUGACCCGUUUUUUUGCGCAUUCAUUGAUCUUCCUUCUUGCUGCCUCUUCUGUGUGUGUGUGUGAGUGUGUGUGUGUUGUGUAUCUGUUGUCUGUCUACAGGUUAAACCGGCUAAGCAGAAUGUUAACGACCCUUAAAAAAAACACAAAAAAUAUUGCAAGGGAAAUGCAUGUUAUGCAAGUGCAACGGCAGUUGCAACUUGCAACCAAUGCGAAAGUGAAAUCAAAAUCCGACUUCCCUCUUCAAGAAUUAUGCGUUCGUUUUGUUGCAGACCUCACUGUAACGCAGCUCAUUUGACUUUUUCUGCUGUUUUCUAUCUUUUUGUAUUUUUGUGCUCUCGUUCGCAUUUUUUUUUCAUAUUCUUUGUUUAUAUUUACAUACACUUUGUUUUGCUUCCAAUGUUGUUAUUGCUGCAGUCGGCGUCGCUGCUGGUAGCACUAUAAAAAUAUCCAUAUAAAUAAUUUUGUUCGGAUUUUUCAUCAUAUCAUGAUUAUUUUUAUGUUUUUAAUUAUUAUACAUAAUUAAUAAUUUAGUAACUAAUCUUGUGCUAAACUAUAAAGGUCGCAUCGUUGAUAGAGAGUUUAUUUAUUUCCAAACCUAUCAGUUGAAGCUAUGAAUUCAAUAAAGGAAAUGUAUCUAGAUACAUUUCUUGCUUCACUGAGCCAUUAAUCAAAAAAAUCGCAGACAAAUAGAAAAACACUCGCCAUAAACAUAAAUAAACAUUAAUUAUUUCGAUUUUAUUUCUUUCAAUUUUUGCGCAAAGUUCAUAAAUAUUGCUGCUGAAAAAUUGAAAAUAGAAAAUAGAAAAACCCUUGUUUCAGACUCUUUCACACAUACAAUAUAUGUAUAUAUUGCUCCCCAGACUCAUUCGUAGAAUCGUUCCAAGUCCCAAGAGAACUAAUUGUGUGUGUAGGUUUUUAUUUUCUUUUGCGGAGCAAACAGUUGAAUUUUGGCGGCCGCGCUGAGCGCAUCGAGUGCGAUCCAAUGAUAUAAAGAUAUAGCACGUUUUUCUUGAGAAGGAAAUGUUUUGUAGUGCGAUUUAUUUAUAGCAUUAGUGUGCUGAUUUGAAAGCCAAAAAAAAGAACCACAAAUUUGGAAAUUUCAAUUAACUGAACGCACAUGCUGCUGAAAAGUAUAUAAACUAAACUGAUAUCGAAUAUAUAUAUAUAGUUAUAUAACUAUGUAAAUGCAACACCUGCAACAAAGAAGAUGUCGCACAAAUUUCAACGCAACUCGCCACAAAUGCUUGGCGUGGCAUCCACAGUCUCCUCGACGACGCCCAGUAAUCAGCCGCGUAAGCGUGUGAAACGAUGUUGUCGCAACUUUGUCACCUUCAUGUGCACCCAGGUGGGAGUUGGAGCCCUCAUUGUGGUCUAUGCCAUCUUUGGAGCACUCACUUUUAUGCACAUCGAACGUGAAUUUGUGGACACAACAACAGCUCAUGUGCUGGAACUGAGACAGAAUUUCUCGCAACGUUUGUGGAACAUCACCGAGGAGCAUAAUCUGAUCGAUAAGCCGCUCUGGGUGAAUGAAACGAAUUCUGUACUGAGGGAAUAUCAAGCAGAGAUCGCUGCCAUCAUUAAGAAUGGUUAUGUGGGACGCAGUCCAGCCGACAUGUGGAGUUUUCCUGCAGCGUUGAUGUUUUGUCUAUCGGUCAUCACAAUGAUCGGCUAUGGCAACAUGGUGCCGCGCACCCCUUGGGGCAAGGGCUUCACUGUCAUCUACGCCACCUUCGGUAUACCGCUCUAUAUCCUCUACUUUCUCAAUAUGGGUCGUGUGCUCGCCCGCUCCUUUAAGUUUCUUUAUCGCUCAUUGCAUGAUUGCACCCAGGAAAAGAAUUACGAUGCCAGAUUGGAGGCGCUGGAAGGUGGCGGCAGUCUUGGCGCCUUGACGCUGCGCAAGAAGAUCAUUGUGCCAUCGACAGCGUGUCUUUGGGUCAUUAUGUUCUAUAUUCUGACGGGUACCAUUAUGUUUGCCAACUGGGAGAAGUGGAGCUUCCUUAAUAGCUUCUACUUUUGCAUGACAUCGCUGUGUAAGAUUGGAUUUGGUGACUUUGUGCCCGGUGCCUCGUUGACCACAGCGGCAGAUGUGGAUGCGGCAACGCAAAAGUUGCGAGAAGAUAUUGCAGCGGAUCCCAAUGAAGUGUCGGAACUGCAACGUAUCGCAGAUCAGCACUCAAAGUUAGCCAUCAAUUUCAUCUAUAUGCUGCUGGGCAUGGGCUUGGUGGCCAUGUGUCGCAAUCUGAUGCGCGAGGAGGUGCGCGUCAAGCUCAAGGAGAUGAAGGAGGACACCAAACUGUGCGUGGAGGAUACGCGACUGCGUUUCGUGGGCUGUUGUGGAGAUCCUCGGGAUCUGUAUGAGAAUGAUUAUUACUGAAGCAGUGGCAGGAGUAGUAGAAGAUGUGUGAAGUGUGUGUGUAUGUGUGCGUGUGUGAUUGUUUAAAUUUGGUUGUUGUCUUUGCUAAGCACUGGUUGAAAAUCAUGCUAGGGUUUGCGUCUAAAUUUGAGUUAUUGAAGAAAGGAAAGAUCAGAAGUGAAGGAAAAAGAAUUGUAUACAUAUGAAAGAUAUCUGCAAGUAGCUAAUUGUUGUGCGUUGUUUGCCGCUCCCAA